AUGUAUAAGUGUAAUUGUGGUUUAACAUUUACAAGGAUAGAUAAUUUACAUCGACAUAAAAAUAAAAGUUGUAAGAUGAUAUCUAAUCGCACUGGUGAAUCAUCCAGAGGAACGAAAAGAUCCGUCACUUCCAGCUCUGAUGUUCUACCCGUAAAAAAUGUCCGGGUAGUGCGAGUUCCACAAGUACAUACGCAUCGCACCGUAGACUCACAAAGGAAUAAUGGGAGAUGUGAAUCAUGUGAUGUAGACAUCCCUACUAAUCAGAUGUCAUCGCAUAUGAGGAGUCUUGACCAUAAAGAAAAAGCCUGUACAAUUCAAGGCGAUGGUAUAUGUUUAAUUCAGAUUGCGUUUAAGUGCAGAAUCGCAAGUUACAGAGUCAAAAGUGAUGAAAAGCAUAUAGAUUAUACAGGGUGUUAUUGA